AUGGCAAGCCCAUGCCAGCCAGCUGAUAUCCCUCAAACCCUCCUCGAGCCAAUCCUCAUCCGUCACGCCACGCACAACAAAUUCCAAGUCCGAUUCGAUACAGUUCUUACAUCGUUCACCAAAGACGAAAAGACAGGCCGUAUAAUAGCAACCCUGAAAGACAAGUUCUCCAACCUCGCAUACAAGAUCAGCACCAAAUACCUCUUCGGAGCAGACGGCGCGCAGAGCCAGGUAGUCAAGCAGCUUGACCUGCCUCUACAGCGCAAGCCGGGCCAAGGUCUCGCGAUCAAUGUUCUUGUCAAAGCAGACCUAUCUCACUUGGUGAAUCAUCGCAAGGGAAAUCUUCACUGGGUUAUGCAGCCUGAUAAAGAACAUCCCGAGUUUGGUUGGAUGGGUAUUGUCCGGAUGGUCAAGCCUUGGGAUGAGUGGAUGUUCAUUUUGUUUCCGAACCGGGACUGUGAUCCUAACAUACAGGCGACAAACGAGGAGUACCUGGAGAGGGUACGAGACUUUAUCGGAGAUGAUACACCAGCUGAGAUUCUGAACGUCUCCAAGUGGUUCAUCAAUGAAAUUGUUGCAGAGAGGUACUCUGACGGUAAUAAUAUCCACUGCUUGGGCGACGCAGUCCACAGGCACCCGCCCAUGAACGGUCUCGGCUCCAACACGUGCAUACAAGACGCCUUCAACCUCGCGUGGAAGGUUGCAUACGUCGAGAAAGGCAUCGCAUCACCUGCGCUUCUUGAUACAUACAACACCGAGCGCCAGCCCGUUGGGAAGUCCAUAAUCACACGCGCCAACGAUGCAUUCCGUGAUCAUUUCCACGUAUGGGAUGCCAUGGGAGCGCUUCCCGAAAAGGUGGAGGACCGCAGGAAGAUCGUCGACGAGCUCGCCUCAGCGUCGCUACAAGGCGAAGAGCGUCGAAGGCGUUUCCGAGAUGUCAUCUCCCAGACUUCACAUGAGUUCCACGGACUAGGAAUUGAGAUGGGACAGCGCUACAGUGGACCUGGUAUAUAUGACGCUGAUGAGCCGGCGCCGUACUCCCCUUCGGGUAAGGCAGCUGAUGAUCCUAUCCUGCACUAUGACGCGAGUACAUAUCCUGGCUGCAGACUACCUCACGUCUGGCUGAACACAUCCGUGCCCUCGGAGCCUGUCUCCACCAUUGAUCUUGCAGGCCAUGGUAAGUUCGUCCUCUUUACGGGCAUCGGAGGUGAAGGUUGGCAGAAAGCAGCAAAGGACGUGAGCGAGAAACUAGGUGUUCCUCUAGAUGUACAUUUUAUCGGCUACCGUCAGCAGUGGGAGGACUUUUACUUCGAUUGGCAGCGGGUACGCGGUGUGGAGGACUCUGGCGCUGUUCUUGUUCGGCCAGAUCGGUUUGUGGCCUGGAGAUAUCCCCGUGUUCUACCUGAUGCGGAAGGAUGCUCCGAAAAGUUGGUCUCCGUGAUGAAGUCGGUCCUUGGCUUCAAGGACUAG